GGAGGAGCUAUGUUAUUUAAAAGGCUGAGAAUCUGAAACAUGCUCAGAGAGAUUCUGAAAGCCUGAGAAUGGUGCCCGUGUGGUUGCUGUGCCUCGCUGGGCUUCUCCUCCCUCAGACUUAUGGGGUUUCUGCAGAUUCUGGAGCUGCCGUGGCAGAUAUUGCUGUACCGGAUCCCAUUGGUCUAGUGGAAAGAGACUACCUCGCUGGUGCCGACUCUGAAAUCCAAAACAUUGAGGGCGUGGAUGAAGUUGACGGUCUUCAAAAACGUGAAUAUCACCGUUGUGGCAAAAUACCUGUAGUUUCACAUGGAACCUGCAAGGUAUACCAGAGAAAGGUCAUUUUCACUUGCAAGAAAGGAUAUGCACUUCUGGGAUCAAAUGUUGUUUUCUGUACUGCCAGAGGUUUCUGGAGCUCUAUCCCACUGUGUUUCCCAAUGCCAAAAUUCUAUCCAGGGCCAAAAGGAGAACCAGGUGACCGUGGAAGUAUGGGGCCAAAAGGUGAACCAGGUGAUGCUGGACAUCCAGGAAUGAUGGGACGUCCAGGACGCCCUGGAAAGAAUGGACAGCCAGGUCCUAGAGGUGCUCCUGGGACUCCAGGAGCAAGAGGCCGACCAGGUUACCCUGGAGUAGCAGGAACACCAGGUGAAAAUGGCAGGAAUGGAAUCAAUGGGCAAAGAGGAAUGGACGGUGACACUGGAGCAACUGGAGCGCCAGGACCUCAAGGAAACCAAGGAGAAACAGGAAUGAAAGGAGAAGUAGGUGACCCAGGACCACAAGGCCCUCCAGGAACCUUCUUUGUGUGGAGGCCAUCUGCCUUUGCAGUCAAGUUGGGCGCUGGCAGUACAACAUCUGGGCAACCAAUUGAAUUCCGAGAAGUUCUGUAUAAUGAACAAGGUGCUUUUAACCUUGUCACAAGCACUUUUGUUUGCCAAUAUAGUGGUGUAUAUGCCUUUUAUGCUCACUUAGAAGUGAAUAGAAGAGGUGCACUUGUUUCAAUUGUGGUAAAUGGUCAGACCGUUUAUCAAAAUUACCAGUCAUAUUCUUCAUAUUCUGAAAUGUCAACUGUGGCUACAAUUGUAAAAUUGAAAGCAGGUGAUAAAGUUUGGAUACAACCUGAAGAUUCAGAAAAUGGUAUUUGUCAUAACACUUACUUCAUGGGAUACCUGAUUUAUGAAUGUAAUUGUGUCAUUCAGCCAGAAAGAGAACUGUUGCAUUCUAAGAACCAGAAGGCGGACAUGUUUAACGAGUUUGGUCCUAUAUGUCUCCUUACACAUGAGCUUUUGUUAUUUCUGAGUCUAUCUACCAGGCCUGAUUCAUCUGCGGAAUGUGUUUCUUUCAGAAUGGUGCCCGUGUGGUUGCUGUGCCUCGCUGGGCUUCUCCUCCCUCAGACUUAUGGAAAUCUUGCAGAUUCUGAGGACAUUGGUCUAGUGAGGAGAAACUACCUCUAUGCUGACAAUAUAAUUCCAGCAUCUUUAAAACUUGAGGAAAGUGUUGAUGGUCUCCAGAAACGUGUUUAUGGGAAUGGUUGUGGGAGACCACCUCAGGUCAGUAACGGAGAGGCUUAUGUUGCUGGCGACACAGUGACAUAUACAUGUAACCCUGGUUACUCAAUGUCGGGAUCAUCAACACUACACUGUCUAGAUUCAGGCGUUUGGGACUGUGAACCACCAAAAUGUACCAAGGUCACGUGCCCAGUUCCUACCAAAAUCCCACAUGGAUUUUUCAAAUAUGUUGGAAACUCUGUGACAUAUUCCUGUGAACGUGGCUAUUAUCUUCUGGGGAAAGGAUGUCUCACUUGCCUUAUCACUGGUAAAUGGGAUGGGUUUACACCACGCUGCCUCCCCAUACGUGCUCCACGUGGGCCACCAGGAGAUCCAGGUCCCAUGGGCCCAGAGGGACCAAAAGGUGAGCCAGGUGCAAAUGGAGAAAGAGGACCUCCAGGCACUCCUGGAUUACCUGGACGUCGAGGAGAACCAGGUCCACCAGGCUAUCCUGGGCAACCUGGAUCAAGAGGCUCCCAAGGUGCCAGAGGACCACCUGGGUCUAAAGGUCAAAAUGGUUCUAAUGGAAGGCCAGGUGCAAAUGGGAACAGAGGUGCUCCCGGACAAAGGGGACAAAUGGGUGCGAGAGGGGAAAUGGGACAAAGGGGAGAAAAAGGAGACCGUGGACCUGUAGGACAACCAGGAACUCUACCAGUGAUUAACUAUGUAACUGCAGCUUUCUGUGUCAGUCUGGGCACCAAUUAUCCAGCACCAAAUGCGCCAAUUAUAUUUCAAAAUAUAAUAUACAAUGGUCAAGGACUUUAUUCUACCCAAACAGGCAUGUUUGUGUGUUCUAUUCCUGGAGUGUAUUUUUUUUCAUUCCACCUCGAAGUUAACAGAAUAAGUACCUACGUUGAACUCACAAAAAAUGGCAAAGCCGUUGUUGCAGCCUACCAGGCAUAUCACAAUAGUUAUCAAUCAAUGUCAGGAGGUGCUGUGUUAGGAUUAGAUGCUGGAGAUAAAGUUUACUUGAGAACUUCAGAAGGGCAGAUUGGUAUCACUAAAUCAAGCAUCUUUUCUGGACACCUGCUUUUCAAAUGUCCAAAAUUUGUUCGUUAAAGACAGGCAUUGUGUAUCUAAUUCUACUAAUCUCACUAUGGACCUUAUUUAAUGACGACAUCAUCUCCCAACUUUAACAUUUUAUUUUAGGACUACUGAGAAAUACAAUCUCCUAGGGAAAAACAUAACCAAUGUGAUUUAGUUCUAGAGAUUUAAAAAGUAAUUAUCAUUUGGUCCUAUUUUUACCUUUGAAUUAUGUAACUGCACCUCUCCCAUCAACACCAAAGAUUAGCCAAGUUUGUUUAAUCUGUUCUAUAGCUGGACAUGAUUGAAGAGAUGACUUUCUUCAAGAUGGAUAAAGUGAUAAAGUAACAUCAAACCAAUAGUGCAUACAAACUGAACAGUAACUGUUCCAGAUACUUAUUCUUUGAAACUACCUGUGAAUGUACAUCAAACAGAGUUAGAGCGUUGUGUGCCUCAUUUGGACAGAAUGAUUUUCAAUCAGAACAAAACAAAAUCACUUAAAAAUUAAACACUUUAAACUUUCCUUUUUUUUCAAGAACCCAUUCAUUUAUGACUGUUUCUACAGUUAAAAGCUGAAGGAUUUGUUGUAUAUUAUAUGUCCCUAUAUCAUUGGCAUAUUUGUUGUUGGUUAAUUGACUAUGAUAUCAUCUAGUAAUUUUUCUAUGUGACAUAUAGAUGAAUGGGUCACAUGGCAGUAUGAGCAGCUCAUUAUUUAACAUGGCUUGAGACUUUAAUGUUGUCAAACGCACAAAGGUCACUUAUUGUAUAUGCUAUUAAUUAGACACUGUGAUGGCAGAAUAUCCAGCAUUAUAUUGUCAGUAACUGAACAUUGUUACCAGAUAAUGAAUGUAAGGGUCUCAUAUCCCCAAAUCCUGUUAAACAUUGAAAAGACGGAGACUCUCAUUUGAAUUCAAUACUCUGAUGGAUCUGCCAACAUUUAUUACUAUCCAUUUUUAAAUAUUUUCUGCUGCUAUCUGUCACUGUACUAGCUUCACUAUCAGAUUUAACAGAGGUUAAGUGAUGUUCUGCAACAGACCUUGGACUUCACAGUUAUUCCUAAACUAGAGUCAUCAUUAAAUGGAUAUGAAAAGUCUGAAUUCAGAAUAUAAUAAAUGCCUCACCAGCAGAUUCCUUGAGAGUUUACAAUUCAGAUCAAUGAUGGUGGGCUUUUCCCUUACUCUAUUCCAAUCCACUAGCUACAAUUUGCCAUGGAUUAUUCCUUUCUCUGCCCUGCCCCUCACUGUUUGGGGCCCCAGUGUGCAGAAGUUGUGCUCAGUGUUUCUGGUAACAAAUUAUGGAAAAGUUAAAAUAUGAAAAAAGUUCAUUUUCUUCAUGUUCAUUUUAUGCCUGAAUUUGUCUGAUUUAAAACAUUUCAAUUGACCUUUCAAUUUAAUUUGUGGUAAAAUAUUAAUGUGGAUUAUUAUGGGAUUGAUAAAUGUUAAAUAACAAAACAUGUCUGUAAUUCCACAUCUUGAAUAUUAUGACCAAUUGUAAAGAAUCAGUUUCUAACAGAGUGACUGAGUGAACAGUAUAGAAAGAGCUUAGUGGGUUAGUCCAGCGGGAAACAGAUUAUUAAACAGUCCUUUUGAAGUGGUUGUUUCUCUAAAAUCUUAAUUGUAUGGAAAUUGAAGCAUUGAUUGUUUGGAAACUUGCAAGAUACACAAUAAAGAACA